AUGGUCAUCAACUCGGAUGGGGUUUCGACGCGCCUGUGGCCGGUGUCGCACGGUGACAUCCCCACUACAAUCAAAACAGCCAAGGCGACUACUGUCACAACAGUGACAGAGACAUGCAGCGAGGAUGACUUGAAGAAGAUACUUGCUUGGAAUAGCACAGAGUAUGCUUCCCCCGAUGAAUGCCUUCACUGGCAUUUUGAGAAGCAAGCUGCGCUCCAUCCUAACGCUCCGGCCAUUUUGUCCACAGACCGGUCCUUCACUUAUGGCGAGUUGGAGACCGCGACGGCCAGCCUAGCCGCAAAUUUAUCACAGAAAUGUGGUGUAGGACCUGAGGACAUUGUUCCCGUGUGCUUCCCUAAGUCCGCCUACGCCGUUGUUGCCAUGCUCGCUGUACUUCGAGCCGGGGGCGCCUAUACUGUUCUCGACCCAAAGUACCCUGACGGACGGUUGCAACAGAUACUUCGACAGGCCAAAGCUGCAACCAUUCUAACCACACCCGAGGAUGCUCAUCGUUUUGAGAAUCUCGUGGAGAAUGUGAUUCCUGUCGAUGAACGGGAACUUUUGAAACUGCACGGAAUGCCCUCUACUGGCCACAAUCAGGCUCAGCCAGGAAAUGCCUGCAUGGUAGUCUUCACCUCAGGUAGCACAGGAAUGCCUAAGGGAAUCGUCCUAGAACACAGAAAUAUGUGUGCUACGGCGUAUGAGCAUAGCCGAACCUUUGGAAUAUGCCAAGGACUGCGUGUAUUGCAGUUCGCCGCCUUCACCUUUGACAUGGCAAACUCGGACAUAUUCUGUACGCUGUUUCAUGGAGGCACUGUGUGUAUGCCAUCGGAGGAUGAGCGCAUGAAUGACCUUGCUGGGUUCAUUGAGCGCUUUCAGGUUCAGUCCGCCAAGAUAACUCCGUCCCUGGCUGGGAUGAUGAGCCCUGCGGACGUGCCAAGCCUUCACACUGUAAUUCUGGGCGGUGAAGUCGCUUCCAAAGAUUUACUGCGCCGGUGGUCAGAGCACUCGAGAACUAUAAUCAGUUACGGACCUGCGGAGUGCGCUGUUACGUCUGCUAGUUAUGAGUAUGUGGAGGGCACUGAUACUGGUGUACUCGGCAGAGGGUUCGGCACGCGACUGUGGAUUGUGGACCCGCACAACCACCAUGCCCUCAUGGCCAUCGGCCAGGAGGGAGAGUUACUGAUCGAAGGGCCAAAUGUUGGUCGAGGGUACCUGGAUAAACCAGAGCUGACAAGCGAGAGUUUCGUCAAUGCUCCUGAAUGGUGCAAUCCCCAAGACAGCAGCCAAGGCGAGCCACGGCGCUUCUAUAAAACGGGUGACUUGGUCCGAUACGAUACUGGCGGGGUCAUCCAUUUCAUUAGUCGCAAGGAUUCGCAGAUCAAGUUGAGGGGACAACGGCUCGAACUUGGGGAGGUGCAGCAUCAUCUUACAAUGGCCUUCCCCAAGCCCGCUGUCGUUGUGCCAGCUGUGAUUGCUCCACGUGCCCUUGGCACGACUAAGAGUCUCGCAGCUUUCAUCCAGAUGGGGCCUGAGAUCGGCACGGCCCCAUACAAUCAGGAAGAAGAAGAAGAAGACUUGAUAGCGCUUCACGUUCUAGCCACGGAAUCAUGGCAGUCUACUAUCAAAAACGCCCACGCCCAGCUUUCCGAGGCUUUACCUCCUCACAUGAUGCCAUCUCAAUACAUUCCACUCCUUCGCAUGCCGAAAAAUGCGUCGUGGAAAACCGAUGUCCGGCGUCUGCAGUGUCUGGCUGAUGCACUUCCACUUGAAGUGCUGAGCAUGCUGGGCCCUUCCUCCUCACUUUUCUGCUUGAGCACGGAGUCUGUCAAAACGACCAUGGAAGUCAAGCUUCAAGAACUAUGGUGUGAGGUUUUGGGACUUGAUUCCAGUCAGCUCGGCGUUGAAGCAAACUUCUUCCAAGUCGGGGGUAGCUCUCUCGAAGCCAUGAGGCUUGUUAGGCUCGCACGUAUGCAAGGUCUUGAAAUGACAGUCCAACACAUCUUCCAAAAUCCUCGACUGCGAGAACAGGCCGGCCUCCUCAAAAUCAGUUCCUCGCCUCAGACAGUCGAUGGGACUAUUCUUCCUCUAUCCCUGUUGAACCCUGGAACCGAUCACAAAGGCGCGCUUCAAUAUGCUGCCAAACUUACCAGUGUUGAACCAAAUCAGAUAGAGGAUAUAUUUCCAUGCUCACCGCUGCAAGAGGGCCUGCUUGCCAUGACCGCACAGCGAGCUGGGGACUACGUUGCCCGCAGCAUUUUCCGCCUUGACGCGAAUACGGAUCUGGAACGUUUCAGGAAAGCAUGCGAGGAAAUCGUGGCGAAGACACCAUCUCUCCGCACGCGAUUUGUCAGUCUACCUGAUCAAGGCCUUGUACAGGUCGUGAUUGAUGAACCUCUGCAAUGGGGUUCUGUGCUGAAUAUGGACUCGGCAUCUUCCAUCGACAGCCAAACUCCAAGCCAAAGCCUCGGAGGGCCAUUAUCUUUCUUUGCGCUUGCCAAGAGUUCUCUAGAUGCAGCAACGUACUUUGUAUGGACAAUUCAUCAUGCGCUCUACGAUGGCUGGUCAGCACCGCUUGUAUUGGACGCGAUUGAGGAUAUGUAUUCGAACGCGCGCUCUCCGUCUUUCCCUCCUUUCCAAGGUUUCAUCAAACACAUUUUGAAGCAAGACAUAAAAGCGGCCGAAAAAUUCUGGCAGAAUCAUUUUGAUGGCCAAGACGGUGCCGUGGCCUUUCCGACACUACCAGAUCCGUCGAGGGUGCCUCUUGCCGAUAGUAUUGCUGAACGUCAUAUACAUCUCUCCUGGCCCAAGAGUGACUCUACAGCCGCCACUGCUGUCCGCACAGCAUGGUCAAUUCUCCAGUCUCAGCUAUCUGGAUCUAGAGAUAUUGUGUUUGGUGCCACCUUGACAGGGAGGCAAGCUGACGUCCAAGGAGUGGAGCGCAUGGCAGCACCCACCAUUGCCACUGUACCCGUUCGUGUGAUGUUGCAGAACGGCGAAACCGUCCAAGAAAUAAUGCAAAAGGUCCAGCAACAGAUGGUGGACAUGUUUCACGUAGAGCAGUUCGGUGUACAGAACAUCAGACGUGUAUCGAGUGCUGCACGCGAUGCCUGCCAUGCGCAGACGCUGCUGUUGAUACAACCUGCGGGCCAAAAUCUGUCAUUGCGCAAACAGGGGUUGCUCUCUCACGUUUCUGGCUUUGUCCAUGAAACUAAGUCGUACGCCCUGACGCUCUACUGCUAUCUUGAGGCCGACGGGGUCCACAUUCACGCCGUGUUUGACUCAGCAGUGCUGAGGAAAGACCGUGUAGCCAGAAUAUUGGGACAGUUCGAGCACAUGUUGCUCCAGCUCUGCGACGCUACCAACCUUACGGCAAAGGUCAGUGAUCUUGAGGUGGCAUCCGCUCAGGACAUGACAGAUAUUUGGCGCUGGAAUGGCCAGGUGCCGCAGACUCUAGACACUUGUGUGCACGAUAUGAUCAUUGCCAGGGCUCGUAGCCAACCUGAGGCAUUGGCUGUUCAUGCUUGGGAUGGAGACUUGACUCAUGCACAGUUGGACACCAUGUCAUCGACCUUGGCACGUCACCUCAUCCAACUUGGCGUCGUUCCGAACAUGAUUGUGCCUCUAUGCUUUGAGAAAUCCGUGUGGACUCCUGUGGCAGUAAUGGCUGUCAUGAAGGCUGGCGGAUGCUCAGUUUUGCUGGAUGGUGGACAGCCCGAGCAGCGGUUGAAGACUAUCGUCCAGCAAGUGGCCCCGCGUGUCAUGGUCGCAUCCUCUCUUCGGAGGGAAGAGCCAUCUCGUCUCUGUGACUCUGAGGACUUGAAGAUUGUUGUACUGGACCGCCAGGGACUCGCAGAGUUGGAUUCGACCAAUUUCGCUGCCCCUUUGCCGAAGGUUCCGUCUUCGAGUCUCCUGUACCUUGUUUUCACCUCAGGUAGCACAGGUCUUCCCAAAGGUGCCCAAGUCACUCAUUCUAACUAUGCAAGUGCCUUGCACUACCAAAGCACUUUCUUCGGCUACCAGAAGACGUCGCGGGUCUAUGACUUCGCAUCAUACUCCUUCGAUGGUGCAUGGUUCAAUAUGCUGCAUACUCUGGAGGCCGGCGGGUGUAUCUGCAUCCCAUCUGACGAGGACCGAAAGAACGACUUGGCUGCCUCGAUCAACCACAUGGGUGCCAAUAUGUUGAACCUCAACGCCACGACUCAUCGCCUUCUCAAUCCGGCCUCGCUGCCCGCGGUGACGAACUUGAUUUCGCUCGGUGAACCCAUUCGGAAGGAGGACGUUGAGAUAUGGACACCGGGAGUCAUAAAGCAGGCGUAUGGCCCGGCGGAGUGUACACCCAUCUCAACGGCUCUGCGUGGGGAGUCAGGCGACCAACCCAAUGUCGGCAUCGGCUGCGGCCUUGGCGCCCUUACCUGGGUCGUGGAUCCGGAAACAAAUCGCCUUAUGCCACCAGGUGUUACCGGAGAGCUCUGGCUUGAAGGUCCCGUUGUUGGUGCUGGGUAUUUGAACGAAAAGGAGAAGACGGCAGCAGCUUUCGUUCAUGACCCGCCGUGGCUGCUCAGGGGCGGCGGUGGUGUUGCAGGACGUCACGGUCGCUUGUAUAGAACAGGAGAUCUUGUUCGGCAGCUUGACGAUGGUGCUCUAGUUUUUGUUGGGCGCAAGGAUACUCAGGUCAAAAUUAGAGGCCAGCGAGUUGAACUGGAAGACAUUGAGCACCACCUUCAUCGCGUCAUGGUGGGCCAGCACGAGAAUGUUACUUUGGUCGCUGAAGUCAUUCGACCAGAAAAUCAAGAUCCGACACUUGUCGCAUUUGUUUCUUUCUCCUCUCCAGGCAAAGUGCCUUUGGACGAUAUCCUGGCCUCUCUGGUAGUCGGGACACCCGCCAAGGAGCUGGCCACCGUACUGCCUGCCCAUCUUGUUCCCACGGCAUACAUACCGCUUCAGAAAAUCCCGCUCACAAUGACUGGCAAGACAGAUCGAAAGCGUCUCCGAGAAAUGGGAGUUGCGAUGACACGCGAUCAGCUAGUUGCACUGCAUGAGGCCCACUCCGGAAUCUCGGCGCGGGAGCCUUCGACCCCUGAGGAGCUGCGGCUGCGCGAGCUCUGGUCGCGGGUGCUUAACCAAGUGGAAAUCUCCAAGAUCGGUGCAGACAGCAACUUCUUCGUGAUUGGAGGCGAUUCUAUUCAAGCUAUGCGUAUGGUUGCCCUGGCGCACGAAUACGACAUGAUUCUGACUGUGUCCGACAUUUUCCGGGCCCCGCGCCUUUGCGACAUGGCAACGAAGGUCAAGCCACAGAAGGGGACGAAGUCCAUGUACCGCGAACCCCAGCCAUUCACCCUACUGUCUGAUGAUGAUCUGGAGGGUCAAUCGCUUGGAGAUUUCCUAGAGCACACAAUUGCACCAGCUUUGGAGUUCUCACUGGAAAAUAUCCAAGACGUCAUGCCGACGACAGCUACUCAAGCCCUUUGUGCUGAUGCUGCUAUGCGUGACCCAGCUCAGGGAUGCUUCAUGGUCCAUGUCGAUGUCCCUGAGCAUGUGUCCUUGAAAACAUUAGAGGAGUGUUGCCAAACGGUCUGGAACCAUCUCAGUAUUCUCGCUGCAGUGUUCGUAACACCGAAGGAAAGAAUGUUGCAGGUGAUCCCUCGAAACUCAGCCGCCCCGAUUGAGAGACAUCAGGUUCCAUCCUCUCAAGAUAUGGAAGGAUUCAUGACGACAAUAUUCAAUGCCGCCCUCCAGCCAGCCAUGGCACCCGGGUCUCUCUAUACCCGUUUCUACCUGCUGCACGGGCAGGGGCAUUCUACGCGCUGGGGCCUUCGAUUGUCACACGCACACUUUGAUCGUACCAGUCUCACGCCUAUUCUGGACUGCUUCGCCGCAAGCCUUCAGGGCAAGGUGUUGCCACCUAUGGCCCGCUUUUCUGGGUUUAUCCAGUGCGUAAGGGAUACUGAGAGUGAAAUGUUGGCUCACUGGCAGGAAGUUUUGCAAGACUCAAAGCCUCUUGCUCUCCCGUCCACGGGUCGAGCGAGUGACAUUGUGUCCAUCAAAAAGGCCAUCAAGGCUCCGCCUGCAGCAGAUGGUUUCACGUCUGCCAAUAUGUAUGUUGCGGCAUGUGUACAAGCCUUGGCCAAGUUGAGGAACACGCACGACAUUGUGACCACCAUGACUGUUUCAGGACGCUCCAUGCUUCCUCCGGUCCUCGCCAACGUGGUUGGACCUACUGUUAACCAAGUGCCCCUUCGUGUGCGUCUCGACGCCAAUCGAAGCUUUGCACACACUUUGGAAGCCACACGAGAUGCUCAACUGGAUGUGCUUCGCUUUGAAACGAGCACCACUUCAUCAGUGCUAGCGUCCUGUGUGCCUGAGUUCACGUGGCCACCUGAAGAGCGCCGUUCUACAUUUAUUGUUCAAUUCCAGAACCCGGAGCCAUUUACAGUCGAUCUGAUGGGCAACGGGGAAUGUUGCCAGGAAUUGGGUUGGUUUGGGCCUGACAAAGUUUGGGAGCACUCUGAGGAAGUUUGGCUUAUUGCUAGACCAGAUCCCGAGAAUGGGUUCUGGAACCUAUGGUAUAGUGCCAAUACGGUGAAUUUCAGCUUAGAAGGACUGGAGGAAUUCAUUGGGGAGCUGGAGGCUGUCGUAGAGAGCAUAAGAGAGAAGGUGGAAGCCUACGUCGAGAAUGGAUAG